AUGUCGGCUUCUGCCUUUAGUUGGGGGUGUGCUGCUGAGGGCCACAAAUGUGGAGGUCUCCUCCACAUCGGCGCAACAGAAUGUUGCAACCCUCUCUACUACUGUAAGCCGGUGAAUCUUUUCUACUCAUAUUGUGAGUUGCAAAUUCAUAGACCCCCUGGAUACCCACCUGGUUCUGGCACCCAAACUACUAGGUCCAGCACUUCAAAAAAAUCCCCUACUUUGUCCACUACUUCCAGCUCGACGUUGCUGCCCUCGUCCAGUUCUGACAGUUUUGACCACACUGAGUAUGUCAGCUGGACACUUACGUCGAUCCCUCAAUCCUCCGGUUAUGAAGUGAGUCCAUCCCCUAUUAGCUCGUCAUCAGACGAGGACAAUGCCAGCUCUCCAACAGAGUCCUACACCAGCGACGGCGACUUACCAUCGGCCUCCACUGCAUCCAGCGAGAGUUCUGAAUCGUCAGAGGAGGGUUCGAGUUAUAGCACUGCGCCAUCCAGUUCUGAGGACGAAGGUUCGAGUUAUACCACUGCACCAUCCACCUCUGAGGACGAAAGUUCGAGUUAUACCACUGACGAUGUUUCCAGCUCCACUGCUUCCAGUGAGAGUUCUGAGUCGUCAGAGGAGGGUACGAGUUAUACCACCGUUCCAUCCACCUCUGAGGACGAAAGUUCGAGUUAUACCGCUGCGCCAUCCACCUCUGAGGACGAAAGUUCGAGUUAUACCACUGCGCCAUCCACGUCUGAGGACGAAAGUUCCAGUCAAACCACUGACGAUGUUUCCAGCUCCACUGCUUCCAGUGAGAGUUCUGAGUCGUCAGAGGAGGGUUCGAGUUAUACCACCGUUCCAUCCAGCUCUGAGGACGAAAGUUCGAGUCAAACCACUGACUAUGUUUCCAGCUCCACUGCUUCUAGCGAGAGUUCUGAAUCGUCAGAGGAAGGUUCGAGUUAUACCACUCUGCCGUCCACCUCUGAGGACGAAGGUUCGAGUUAUACCACUGCACCAUCCACCUCUGAGGACGAAAGUUCGAGUUAUACCACUGACGAUGUUUCCAGCUCCACUGCUUCCAGUGAGAGUUCUGAGUCGUCAGAGGAGGGUACGAGUUAUACCACCGUUCCAUCCACCUCUGAGGACGAAAGUUCGAGUUAUACCACUGCGCCAUCCAGCUCUGAGGACGAAAGCUCCAGCCGAACCACUGACUAUGUUUCCAGCUCCACUGCUUCUAGCGAGAGUUCUGAAUCGUCAGAGGAAGGUUCGAGUUAUACCACUGCGCCGUCCACCUCUGAGGACGAAAGUUCGAGUUAUACCACUGACGAUGUUUCCAGCUCCACUGCUUCCAGUGAGAGUUCUGAAUCGUCAGAGGAAGGUUCGAGUUAUACCACUCUGCCGUCCAGCACUGCUGGCGAGACUUCCAGUCAGGCCACUGGUGAGGUUUCCAACUCUGCUUCUUCAAGCCAGAGCUCUGCAUCCAAUCCAGCUCCCGAUUAUAGUUCCAGCUCUACUAGCCAAUCUUCCAGCCAAGUGACUAGUUAUGGCUCCAGCCAGACUUCGAGCGAAGCAACGGGUGAUAUUUCUAGUCAAACUUCAGGCCAGGAAACUAGUUCUGGCUCGAGCCAAAGCUCGGCAUCCUACCAAAGUUUGAGUGAUAGCUCGAGCUCCAUUACCCCUACCUCAAGUUAUGGUUCCAGCUCUGCCAGCCAAAUUUCCAGCGAGGCAACUAGUUUUGGCUCCAGCCAGGGAACUAGUUAUGUUUCUAGCGAUAUUUCCAGCCACAGCCAGGAAACUAGUUUUAUUCCUAGCUCUGCUCCAGCACAAAGCUCGGCAUCCAAUCAGGUGUCAAGCCAUGGCUCCAGCCCUUCUAGCUCUGCCUCCGAUUUUGGCUCGAGCCAGAAUUCCGGCCAGCCAACUGGUUACGGUUCCAGCUCUACUUCCAGCAUAGCAACUAGUCACCUUUCCGGCGAAACUUCCUUGAGCCAAAGCUCAGCAUCUAACCAAGCUUCCAGAUCCAGCUCUUCGAGUUCUAUCUCAGGUUUUGGCUCGAGCUCUGCUGGCUCUGUCUCCGGUUAUGGUUCCAGCUCUGCUUCUUCGAGCCAGAGCUCAGAAUCCAACCCAAGUUUCAGUUAUGGUUAUAGCUCUACUGGCCCUGCUAGCCCUGCCUCAACGUAUGGCUCGAGCUCUGCUAAUACUGUGUCAAGUCAUGUUUCCAGUUUUGGCUCAAGCUCUGCUAGCUCAACUCACCCUACCUCAAGUUAUGGUUCGAGCAUUGCUUCUUCGGGACAAAACUCAGCACCCAACCAAGCUUCUGGCUCCAGCCCUUCUAGCUCAGCCUCAAAUUAUGCUUCAAGCUCUGCUGGCUCUUCUAACCCUAACUCAAGUUCUGGUUUUAGUUCUACGAGUCAAACUUCCAGCCACGCUUCCAUUUAUGGCUCCAGCCAGACAUUUAGUUCUCGUUCCACGUCUAAUUCCGACCAGACAACUAGUAAUGUUUCUGGCUCUGCUUCAGGCCAAAGUUCAGCAUCAAACCAAGCUUCAAGUUAUGGUUCCAGCUCUGCUAACCCUGCCUCCAGUUAUGUUUCCAGCCAAGCUUCUCCAAGCCAAAGCUCAUCAUCCUACCAAACUUCAGGUUAUGGCUCAAGCUCUGCUAGCCAUGUCUCCAGCUAUGCUUCAGAAUAUGGCUCGAGCUCUGUUGGUUCUACCCCCGGUUCUGGUUCCAAAUCUUCCAGCCAAACUUCAAGUUAUGGUUCUGUUUAUGGCUCUAGUUCCUUCAGCUCUGCUAGCCCUGCCUCGAGUUCUGGUUCCAACUCUGCUGGCCAAGCUUCCAAUCAUGGCUCGAGCCAGGCAACUAGUAAUGGUUCCAGCUACACUUCAAGACAAAGCUCGGCAUCCAACCAAGCUUCGAGUUAUGGUUCUAGCCCUGUUAAUUCUGCUUCAAGUGAUAAUACCAAUUAUGGAUCCAGCUCUGCUAUCAAGACUUCCGCCCAGGCAACCAGUAACGUCGCCAGCUCUGCUGGCCCUGCCUCCAGUUAUGGCUCUGGCUCUGCUAGUCAGUCUUCGAGUUCUAAUUCUGGCUCUGCUAGCUCGGCUAGUCAUCCCUCAGGUUAUGGGUCCAGUUCUGUUAGCCAAACUCUCAGCCAAGCAACGAGUCAUGGAUCGAGCUCCACUAACUCUGUGCCGAUUAAUGUUUCCAGCUCCGCUUCGGGACAAAGCUCAGCAUCCAACCAAGCGUCUGGUUCCAGUUCUACUAGGCCUGCUUCAAGUUAUGCCUCCAGCCAAGCUUUAAGCCAAAGCUCGUCAUCCUACCAAGCUUCUGGUCAUGGUUCAAGCUCUGCCAACCAAAUUUCCAGCCAGACUUCCAGUUAUGGUUCUAGCCCUGUUAACCAUCCUUCAAGUCAAACCAGUUAUGGCUCAGCUUAUCCAACCUCAAGCUAUGGCUCCGGCUCCGCUAACCCAACAUCGAGUUAUGGCUCUGGCUCUGCCAAUCCAGCAUCGAGUUAUGGUUCCGGCUCCGCCAACCCUACGUCGAGUUAUGGCUCUGGCUCGGCUAAUCCUGCCUCAAGUUAUGGUUCUGCCCCAGGUGGCUUGGUGAUUCCAACCUCAAAUCAAAGCUCCGGCUCAGGUCGUCCAACCUCAAGUUAUGGCUCUGGCUCAGCUAAUCCAAACUCGAGUUCUGCUGGCUCCGCUAACCCAACCCCAAGUUAUGGUUCUGGCUCUGCUGCCUCUGCUAACCCAACCUCAAGUUACGGCUCUGGCUCUGCUAAUCCAACCUCAAGUUACGGCUCUGGCUCUGUUAACCCAACAUCGAGUUAUGGCUCUGGCUCGGUUGGCUCUGCCUCCAGUUAUGGUUCGAGCUCUGCUGGCUCAGAUCAUCCAACCUCAAACUAUGGCUCUGGCUCAGCUAAUCCAACUCCAAGUAAUGGUUCUGGUUCAGCUGGCUCUGCCUCUAGUUAUGGCUCUGCUAAUCCUAGCUCGAGUUAUGGUUCUGGAUCAGGUCACUCUACCUCAAGUUAUGGUUCCGGCUCUGCUAAUCCUGCCUCAAGUUAUGGUUCUGUCCCAGGUGGCUCGGCUAUUCCAACCUCAAGUCACGGCUCUGGCUCAGGCCACCCUGCCUCCAAUUAUGGAUCGAGUUCUGCUGGCUCUGCUCAUCCAACCUCAAGUUAUGGCUCUGACUCUGUUGGCCAGUCUUCCAGCUACGGCUCUGGAUCAGCUUAUCCAACCUCAAGUUAUGGCUCGAGCUCUGCUGGCUCAGGUCACCCGGCCUCAAGUUAUAGUUCGGGCUCCGCCAACCCAGCCUCGACUUAUGGCUCCGGCUCUGUCAAUCCAGCCUCGAGUUAUGGUUCUGGCUCUGUUAAUCCAACCUCAGGUUACGGCUCUGCUUCCGCUAACCCAACCUCAAGCUAUGGUUCGGGCUCUGCCAACCCAGCAUCGAGCUAUGGUUCUGGCUCAGCUAACCCUACGUCGAGUUAUGGUUCUGGCUCAGCUAACCCUACGUCGAGUUAUGGUUCUGGCUCAGGUCACCCUGCCUCCAAUUAUGGAUCGAGUUCUGCUGGCUCUGCUCAUCCAACCUCAAGUUAUGGCUCUAACUCUGUUGGCCAGUCUUCCAGCUACGGCUCCGGAUCAGCUUAUCCAACCUCAAAUCAAGGCUCCGGCUCAGGACGUCCAACCUCAAGUUAUGGCUUGGCUAAUCCAGCCUCAAGUAAUGGCUCUGGCUCGGCUAUUCCAACAUCAAGUUAUGGCUCUGGCUCUGUUAACCCUGCCAAUCCAACCUCGAGUUAUGGUUCCGGCUCAGCUGGCUCAGCUAAUCCAACCUCAAAUGGUUCCGGUUCAGCUGGCUCUGCUAACCCUACCUCAAGUUAUGGCUCUGUUAACUCUGCCUCGAAUUAUGGUUCGAGCUCUGCUGGCUCAGGUCACCCAACAUCGAGUUAUGGUUCCGGCUCCGCCAACCCAGCCUCGAGUUAUGGCUCUGGCUCUGCUAACCCAACAUCAAGUUAUGGUUCUGUCUCAGGUGGCUCUGCCAAUCCAACAUCAAGUUACGGCUCUGGAUCUGUUGGCCAGUCUUCCAGCUACGGCUCUGGGUCUGCUAACCCAACCUCGAAUUAUGGCUCUGGCUCAGCUAACCCUACGUCGAGUUAUGGUUCUGGCUCAGCUAAUCCUGCCUCAAGUUAUGGUUCUGCCCCAGGUGGCUUGGUUAUUCCAACCUCAAAUCAAGGCUCCGGCUCCGCUAACCCAACCUCAAGUUAUGGCUCUGGCUCUGCUAACCCUACGUCAGGUUCUGGCUCAGGCCACCCUGCUUCCAGCUCUGGCUCUGCCUCAAGACAAAGCUCGGUAUCCAUCCAGGCCUCCAGUCAUGGCCACAGCUCUGCAUAUCCUACCGGCUCUGCUAACUCUGCCUCCAGUUAUGGCUCGAGCAGCGCGCAGUCCUCCAACCAGGGAUCCGGCGCGUCGACCAGCAGAGGAAACACUGCCGGAUCCAGCUCCGUACAGAGCUCUCGCUCCUUCUCUGGCUACAGCUCUCCGACCUCGGGCUCUACUCAGUCGAGCUCGGGAGUUUCUGGCUCUGCCACCUAUAGCUCUGCACCAGUGACCUCCAGCCAAGCUAGCUCGACUCGUUCGAACGGGGCUUCGGCUUCCGGCAACACUUCUGCCAACAGCGGAGCAUCGAACACCGCUUCCGGCGGAAAUUCCAGUGCUGCCUCCAAUGCUGCCUCCAACGGUGUCUCGAGUGCCAGUAGAUCGAGUGGAGUUUCCAGUGCGUCCAGCGGUUCCAGCGGUUCCAACGGUUCUUCCAGCGCCGGUUCUGGCAAAUCAUCUGGUUCUGGCAUUGCUUCCAACACCGCUUCCAGCGCCCCAACUGGCUUCUCCACCGUGACAGUGACUCGCUCGUCUGGAACUGUCGUCAGCUCUGCUCCAACCUUCCGUGGUUCCAGCGUCUACUCUAGCCACACUGCCGGGGGAUCGUCUGGCGUCGCCAGCUCCGCUCCAACCAGCAAUCUGAGCUCGCAUGCUUCCAAUGACUCUGGCAAAACCACUUCAAACGGGCUAUCCGGUUACAGCAGCGCUUCCGGCCAGAACUCUGCAUCAAGUGGCUCAACGCACAGCUCUACUCGUUCCGUCUUCAGCAGCACCCAGUCCACAGGCUCAUCUGGCCCUAGCCAGUCUGGCUCGGCCGGUGCUUCUAGCAAUGCUGCUGGUACGUCAUCCGCCGUCUCUAGCCACACAGGCGCAGCCAGCGGAGCAUCCAGUGGAGCAUCCAGCGGAGCAUCUAGCCAAGUCACGCCAACUGGCAGCUCCCCAGCGGGCGGUGCGUCCAGCGGACUCUCUGGAGCAUCAAGCACGAUCUCCAGCCAGAACAGCGGCGCAUCCAACCAAAACAGCGCCUCAGCUGGAGCUUCCAGCGGUGCCGCCAGCCAGGUCACGGGAGUGUCCAGCGGAGUGUCCAAUGGAGCUUCCAGUGCCUCCAGCGCUUCCAUCUCUAACGCCACUCCAACUGGCUCUAGCUACCCAUCUAGCGGAGCCGUCAGCGUUCCCGGCCAGACCAGCGCCGGUGUCUCCACUGGCGCUGCCGGCACUCCUUCUGGCUCCAGCCACACCAGCGCCUCAGGCACCGGCCAGUCGUCUGCCGUCUCCAGCCUCAGCUCCAGCCUCAGCUCUAGCUUCAGCUCUAGCUUCUCUGGCUACUUCAAUACCUCUGUUACCGCUUCGACAGCUGCUUCUACUGUCUCUGGCGCUACCAGCCUCAACUCGAUCACCGCCUCUUCUGGCCACGACGUGUCGCCUUCGCCAGGCCCAGCUACAACCAGCUCGACCAUAACCAGUGAACCAGCCGCUAGCGGAACCAGUCCAGCCGGCUCCGUGAGCUCGGGCGAGGAAUCCACUGCCGGACAGACCUCGAGCUCCAGCUCGUCUGCUGCAGCAGGAGCAACAGAAUCAACGGGAGCAACGGGAUCAGCAGGAGCAGGAUCAACGGGAUCCCCAGUUUCCUCGACAGCCUCAGGAACAACAGGUGCAACAGGAUCAGCAGCUUCGGCUAUUAGCUCCACGGCUAGCAGCUCCUCGGGUAUCAGCUCCACCGGUUCUGGCUCUACCAGCUCCGCCGGCUCCUCUGAAUUUGAGACCGCCAGCUCCCCUGGAUCAGAGACCGCCAGCUCCACCGCGUCGGCCUCCAACUCCCAGACUUCUGUCUCCGCUCCAUCGUCCGCUUCCGGCGCCACAUCUUCCCAGUCCUCUGGCUCAGGAUCUGCAGGCUCGACUUCGCAGGCCUCAGCCACGUCCGAAGGUGGUUCAGAAACAGCCUGCCCAACGUGCACCUCGGAAACUUCUGCCACGCAGUCCGAGACCUCGGGAGCAGCGGCCAGCUCGCAAGCCACUCCAGCCACUCCAGCCACUCCAGCCACUUCAGCCGAAGCUACUACCGGAACGGCAUCGCAGUCUUCCACCGAAGCUACUUCCGCGGCAUCGACCGCUACCUCAGCCGCUUCUGGAGGAUCCACCACUUCGGGAUCGUCCGCUGCUGCUUCCGCCGUUCCAACUGGAGCUACGUCCGGAACGGCAACACAGGCUUCCACCGCUACUUCAGCCACCUCAGCCGAAUCCACACCAGCCACUUCCACCGAAGCUACUGCUGGAGGAUCCAACACUUCGGGAACGUCCGCUGCUAACUCAGCUACUCCAACCGGAGCUACGUCCGCAACUUCAACGGGAGCGUCAACUGAGACCACCUCGGGAGCCUCGUCUGAGACCUCUGCAGGUUCUACAGGUUCUACAGGCUCUGCAGGUUCUGCAGGUUCUGCAGGUUCUACAGACUCUACCAGCUCCAGCGGCUCUACUAGUUCCGCUUCCGCCGCUUCCACCACAUCUUCCAACUCCUCCAGCUCCACUGUGGCUGCCACGGGCGAGUCAACGGAAUCCACCGGAUCCUCGACAGGCACUUCGGGAGAAGCCACCUCAGCCUCGUCGGGCUCUGCCAGCGCAACCUCAGGCACAGAGUCCACAGGACAGUCUGGUUCGUCUACAGGAGCUCCUAGUUCCUCAUCUACAGGACUACCUGUCUCCUCGUCUACAGAACCUCCUACCUCCCCAUCUACAGGACCUUCCACGGGCUCCUCUAGCACGCCAUCUUCCGCGGGCAGUACAGCUUCCACGGCCGGUACAGAACAUUCUACGGGCGGUACAGAACUUUCUACCGGCGCUGCGGGACAAGCCACCGGCGCCACGGAGCCUUCCACCGGCUCUGCAGGACAGUCCACCGCUACGGGCACUUCCGCGGGCUCCAGCUCCUCCACCGAAUCGUUCACAGGAGCCCCAAGUGGCACAUCGGCCUCUGAAACAUGGGAAACGGCUGGAACUGGAGCCUCUCAAACGUCUGCAACGGGAGCCUCUGAAACAUCUGCAAAUGGCACCUCUGAAACGUCUGAAACAUCUGCAAGUGGAGCCUCUGAAACGUCUGGAUCGUCUACCGGCUCUGCCACCGAGCCUGCUGACUCUAGCGUCGCAGGUUCUUCGUCUCUUGCAGCCGGAUCUACCGCAGCAUCUGGAGCCUCCAACACCGCAAACCCAUCGGGCACGGCUUCUAACACCUCUGCCUCUUCCGCCGCUUCCAGCUCUGCUGGCUCUGCUGGCUCCGCCAACUCUGGCAGCGCCGGCAACUCGACUCCAGAAACCACUUCUGCAGAGUCCACCCCGGCUACCGCUUCUCAGCCACUGACCGCGGCAUCGAACACCGCGUCCGUCGCCGGCCAGGCAAACGCCCAAACCACGGCCUCCGAGUCCCAGAACACCUCUACACCAGCCAGCGGCUCCAGCUCUGCAACUGACUCUGCAGCCGGCUCUGCUACUGGCUCUGCUACUGGAUCUGCGACAGGAUCUGCUACUGGCUCAGGCUCAAGCCCUAAUUCCACCUCCAAUUCUAGCUCGGACUCCAGCUCCAGCUCCAACUCUGAGUCUGCCUCCGCCUCCGGCUCAGGCUCCGGCUCAGGCUCCGGCACCAACUCCGGCUCGUCCUCUGCGCAGACAACUUCGUCUGCUGCUUCCGGCAGUGAACCUUCUCACUCUGCCAGCCACAACACCCUCUACACCAGCACGGUUUCGACCAGCGCGUCCGGCUCUUCCGCCACUGCCAGCUCGGUGGCCACCUUUGAAGGAGGCGCAGCCCGUUCUGCAACCACCUCGCUGCUCUUCGGGUUCCUGGCACUUGUCUACUUCAUCUGA